CCGGUGUUUAUCUGUGUGUUUGCGUUAAAUGUGGAAGUAGUCAGAACUCUUUAGAUCAAAGGCAUUUUGCAUUCCGAAGAGUGUGAAAUCUUGGUAUGUGGAAAAUAGCAUGAAUGCCCUUAAUUAGUUGAAUGCUGUGAGGUUGGAACGGUCUGAAUCGGUUGAGAAAUGUGGAAGUAGCUUGAACUCUUUAGAUCAAAGGCAUUUUGCGUUUGUUGGAAUUUUUGUGCUGUGGCUAAUAGCAUGAAUGUCCUGACUUUGUUGAAUGAGUUGAUGUUGCAAUGAAGUGAUUUGGUUGAGAAAUGUGGAAGUAGUUGUAGGUAAGGCAGUUUUACGGAAAAACAAUCUAAGUUUCUUAAUUAAAAAAGUAUUUUUUGGCUCUUAAUGCUCUUAAUGGCAGCCUCACUUUAGCUGGUCAUAAGAUAACUAUUCAAUUUUUAUCUGGAAAAAGCAGAUAUCUUCUGUGGAAAACUGAUUAAAAAUGGGAAAAUAAAUCACUUUCCUUUUAUAUUGUAAUAAUGUACAUUUUUGAGUGGUGACAUUUUGUAAUUAUUUUGUCCUUUUUUUUGCUGUUAUUUUACUGUUGUUGUAUUCCCCCUUUAAAGUGAGUCAGUACAACGAUGUACAAAGCCGCAAGUUGAAAGUAAUGCUAUGAUUUUCUUCCCUAAAGGCCUUUGCAUGCAGUCACUUUGUGACCUAAAAUAGAGGAGGACACUUGUGAUGUGUGUGUAAAGAUUGAGCGUAAAGUCAGGGGGGUGUCUUGCCGAGGAACACAUUUUAGUGUGGGGGUCCGGUUACCAGCACGCCUUCUACAGGAAAGGACUGACGGGAGCUUCAUAUUGCCGUGACCCAGCACUUGGCAUUGCACACUCCCACCAAGCAGCAGUGGUCCUUCACUCCAGUGACCACCACCACCCAACACGCUCAUUUCACGCCAGGGAGAGACGUGCACCAAGCAAGUCAACCAUGCCGAAGCUUCUGGUACAGGAGACCGACGAUAAGAUGCGGGCCUUUGCCGAGCAGGUCUUUGCAUCCGAGACCAAAGGUGAGGACAUCCGCGAUGAAAUCUCCGUCUUCGACGUGGCUGAGGACUGUCCCAUCCUCCACCACGAGAUGGCGCACCACCUGCAUGCCGACGACGACAUCGAGAAGCGCAAGAGGCGCUGUCGCACCAUGGCCGUCCCUGCUUCUGCUGCUGCCCACAAGGCCGCUGCUGACCCUGUAGUGUCAGUGGAAGUGGACACGCCCACUUACCUGGAAGUACCUGACUUCCAGAGAGUGGCCAUCAUUGGAGACUACGCCUCAGGGGUUACCAUGGAUGACUUUGAGCUGUCCUGCAAAGGUCUUUACCGCGCUUUGACCAUCAGAGAGAAGUACAUGAGGCUGGCCUACCAGCGCUUCCCACGCACUGCCUCUCAGUACCUGCGUGACAUCGAGGGGGAGACCUUCAAGGUGGAGGACCAGGUGCAGCCGGUCUUCACUCCGCCUCCGAAGAACGACGAUGACCCAUUUGAGACAGCCAACCUUCCGGAGAGUCUGGGCUGUGUUGCCCGCAUGAAGGACGGUCUGAUCUACGUGUACGACAGUGACGCCGCCGCCGACAACCAUCAGCCGAGAGACUUGCCCUGUCCUGAAUACAACACCUUCAUCGACGACAUGAACUUCCUCAUCGCGCUCAUCGCGCAGGGACCCACCAAGACGUACACUCACCGCCGUCUUAAGUUCCUCAUGUCCAAGUUCAACGUGCAUGAGAUGCUGAAUGAGAUGGAGGAGAUGAAGGAGCUGAAGAAGAACCCUCACAGGGACUUCUACAACUGCAGGAAGGUGGACACUCACAUCCACGCUGCAGCCUGCAUGAACCAGAAACAUCUUCUGCGCUUCAUCAAGAAGUCAUACCGCGUGGACGCCGACCGCGUGGUCCACAACCUCAACGGACGCGAGGUCACCAUGAAGGAGCUCUUUGAGUCGCUCAGCCUGCAUCCUUACGACCUCACCGUGGACUCGCUGGACGUGCACGCCGGCAGACAGACGUUCCAGCGUUUUGACAAGUUCAAUGCUAAGUACAACCCAGUGGGAGCCAGCGAGCUGCGUGACCUCUACUUGAAGACUGAGAACCACAUCAACGGAGAGUACUUUGCCACCAUCAUUAAGGAAGUAGCCAGUGACCUGGAGGACGCCAAGUACCAGUACGCCGAGCCUCGUCUAUCCAUCUAUGGCUGCACGGCUGCCGAGUGGGACAAAUUGUCCAACUGGUUUGUCAAGCACAGAGUCUACUCCCCGCAUCUCAAGUGGAUGAUCCAAGUACCCAGGAUCUAUGACAUCUUCAGAGGCAGGAACUUUGUGCCUCACUUUGGAAAGAUGCUGGAGAAUAUUUUCCUCCCUGUCUUCAAGGCCACAAUCGACCCAAAGUCGAACCCAGACCUCAGCAUCUUCCUCAAGCAUGUGACAGGUUUUGACAGCGUGGAUGACGAGUCCAAGCACAGUGGUCACAUGUUCUCCACCAAGAGCCCCAAACCAGAGGAGUGGGACAUCGUAAAGAACCCGUCCUACACUUACUACAUCUACUACAUGUACGCCAACAUCGCUGUACUCAACCAGCUGAGGAGACAGCGGGGGAUGAACACGUUCAUGUUCAGGCCUCACUGCGGCGAAGCAGGCGCCAUCACUCACCUGCUGGCUGCCUUCAUGACGGCCGACAACAUCUCUCACGGUCUCAACCUCAAAAAGAGUCCAGUGCUGCAGUACCUGUACUUCCUGACCCAGAUCCCUAUUGCCAUGUCUCCCCUGAGCAACAACAGUCUGUUCCUGGAGUAUGCCAAAAACCCCCUGCUGGAGUUCCACAAGAAAGGCCUGGUGGUCUCUCUGUCCACUGAUGACCCCAUGCAGUUCCACUACACCAAGGAGCCUCUGAUGGAGGAGUACGCCAUCGCAGCUCAGGUGUUCAAGCUGAGCACCUGCGACAUGUGUGAGAUCUCCAGGAGCAGUGUGCUGCAGAGCGCAAUGUCUCAUGAGGAGAAGAGUCACUUCCUGGGCCAGCACUACCUUAAAGAGGGUCCUGAGGGCAACGACAUCCGUAAGACGAACGUGGCCCAGAUCCGUAUGGCAUACCGCUUUGAGACACUGUGCUACGAACUCAACCUCAUCAAAGAGGGCCUGAAGGCUGAAUAAAAGUAACGCGCACACAAGUGGAAAUGAAUGCCAUUAGAGAGACGCUGAUGUUGUUUCAUUUGGAGACUUGGUGAUGACCAUAGUGUGAUCUUCUUUAUGGAGGUGCAUCAUGUACAAGAAUGAAAGCGCAUUAAAAU